AGUACCCGGCAUUGAAUAUUUUGUCAUUACGAUACAAAAUGGACGGAAACAACCUCAACAUUUUUGAAGCUGAUAUACUUCAGGAAGUUUUUGAAGGACAUUUCUUAAUAUAUUUGUGUGCAGAAAACUCAGCUGAUAAUACUAGAACUCUGAACGUGGAUUCCACUGCAAUGACGCUGCCUGUGUCUGAUCCAACUGCAUGGGCCACAGCAAUGAAUAAUCUUGGAAUGGCUCCACUGGGAAUUGCCGGACAACCGAUUUUACCUGAGUUUGAUCCUGCCCUUGGAAUGAUGACUGGAAUACCACCAAUAACUCCAAUGAUGCCUGGUUUGGGAAUAGUACCUCCACCAAUUCCUCCAGAUAUGCCUGUAGUAAAAGAGAUCAUACACUGCAAAAGCUGCACUCUCUUCCCUCCCAACCCAAAUCUCCCACCACCUGCAACACGAGAGAGACCACCAGGAUGUAAGACAGUAUUUGUGGGUGGCCUGCCUGAAAAUGGAACAGAACAGAUUAUUGUGGAAGUAUUUGAGCAGUGUGGAGAGAUCAUUGCUAUCCGGAAGAGCAAAAAGAACUUCUGUCACAUUCGCUUUGCUGAAGAGUAUAUGGUGGACAAAGCCCUUUACCUGUCAGGUUACCGAAUACGCCUGGGCUCUAGUACUGACAAGAAGGACACAGGCCGGCUUCAUGUUGACUUUGCCCAGGCUCGGGAUGACUUGUAUGAGUGGGAGUGUAAACAGCGUAUGCUGGCCAGAGAGGAGCGGCACCGUAGACGGAUGGAAGAAGAAAGACUGCGUCCACCAUCCCCACCCCCAGUGGUCCACUAUUCAGAUCAUGAAUGCAGCAUUGUUGCUGAAAAACUGAAAGAUGAUUCCAAAUUCUCAGAAGCGGUGCAGACUUUGCUCACCUGGAUAGAGAGAGGAGAAGUGAACCGCCGCAGUGCCAACCACUUCUAUUCCAUGAUCCAGUCAGCCGGCAGCCAUGUCCGCCGCCUGGUGAAUGAGAAAGCUGCCCAUGAGAAAGAGAUGGAAGAAGCAAAAGAGAAGUUCAAGCACGCCCUUUCUGGAAUUCUUAUUCAAUUUGAGCAGAUAGUAGCUGUGUACCAUUCUGCUUCCAAACAGAAGGCAUGGGACCACUUCACAAAAGCCCAGCGUAAAAACAUCAGUGUUUGGUGCAAACAAGCUGAGGAAAUUCGCAACAUUCAUAAUGAUGAAUUAAUGGGAAUCAGGAGAGAAGAAGAAAUGGAAAUGUCUGACGAUGAAAUAGAAGAAACAACAGAAACAAAAGAAACGGAGGAAUCAGCCUUAGUGUCACAGGCAGAAGCUCUGAAGGAGGAAAAUGACAGCCUCCGCUGGCAGCUAGAUGCCUACCGGAAUGAGGUAGAACUGCUCAAGCAAGAACAAGGCAAAGCCCACCGGGAAGAUGACCCAAACAAGGAAGAGCAGCUGAAACUUCUGCAGCAAGCCCUACAAGGGAUGCAACAGCAUCUGCUCAAAGGAAAAGAAGAGUACAAAAAGAAAGAAGCUGAACUUGAAAAAAUCAAAGAUGACAAGUUACAGGUGGAAAAAAUGUUGGAAAAUCUUCAAGAUAAGGAAAACUGUGCUUCUAGACUGUGUGCAUCGAGCCAGGAAGGUGAAUACCCUCUUGAGAAGACCUUGACCAUCAGUCCUAUCAAAUCUGAGCGUGAAGCGCUGCUAGUGGGGAUUAUCUCCACAUUCCUUCAUGUUCACCCAUUUGGAGCAAGCAUUGAAUACAUCUGUUCCUACUUGCACCGUCUUGAUAACAAGAUCUGCACCGGUGAUGUGGAAUGCCUCAUGAGUAGACUCCAGCAUACCUUCAGACAGGAAAUGACCGGAGUUGGAGCCAGCCUAGAGAAGAGGUGGAAAUUCUGUGGUUUUGAGGGAUUGAAGCUGACCUGAAUCUCUUUAUCUAGCAAUUUGGGAUCCUGAAAAUAAAUGUGUGCUGGACAAGCUUAGAUGUGAUUUUGUAUUCUCAGUGGUUUUCAAGUGGACAUUGCUUUCAAUUUGUCAGUUCAUUCCUGAAUAUCUUUUAAGUUAAAAUAAGGAUCCUAGAACAGCACCUCAAGCUACAGGUCCUAAAAAGAAAUUGCCUCAAACCUCAAGUGCUGUAAAUUCCUCCUAUUUCUGGCAAUUGGUCGUCUUUUCUUAUAAGUAGUAUUGAAAAAUUCCUGAGGCUAAAGAGUAUUUGGAAUGUUUUCAGUAUCUGUACUACUGUUGUAGACCUUGUACUUUUUCAGCACUGUUAACUGAAAUGUUUUGGUGAUUUGUGCGUGGUUUGUGUUUCCAGAUUUCUUGUCCCAUGUUGCUACUUGUACAAAGGAAUGAGAGGAGUAUUAGGACCUCUCUGUAACUGCCAUUGUCUCUCUUAUCCACAGUAAACAGUAAAUGAAUUAUCCAUCAGUGUCUUCUACAAGGUGCUUCACCAGUUCACCUUUAAAACAAAACAGCAUGAACUGUGGCUUUUUGUAAAAAUACUAUGAACCAAAAGUCAACAAACGUUCCAGUGUUAUUUUCUUCAAUAGAUAAAAGUGUUUCCGAAUUUUAAAACAAAAAAUCUAGAUGGAUUCACAGAAAGUCUCCAGUGUGACUAUUGUGUUUGUGCUUUUGGGGACUACUUGUAAAUAGUCUGCUUUUAAGAGAGGGCCUGGUUAGUUUUCUAUGAAUUGAAAUGCAGUCAGGCGUGGGCACACGUGCACAUAUUGGCAGAAGGGAUUUAUUUUAAUAGUCCAUUCCCUCUGGUCUUACAGUCUUGGUCCCUCUCUUCCUGCUGUUAGUGUUGAAUUGCAAACUGUGUCCUGCUGUAAAUACUGUUUACUCCAUGCUGACUCUUUGUAAAGAACUGAUGUGAGUAUUGAAUGUCAUGAUCUCAUGAAUAAAUAAUUAACAAGGUG